AGACCCUCUGCACUGCCUACAAAUGGGCGGAUGGGGCGCGCUGCAAGUUCAGCUGAUCCAGGAGGUGGUCGGGACGAGUCGUCGCAUGGGGGCGGUGGAGGCCUGCUGUCGUCACCAGGCCUUCCUUCUUGCUGCUCUCUUGCACCACCUCACUCCAGCCCAGCGGCAGGAGGCUGCACUCAUGCUGCACACGCUCACUCAGCAGUCUGCUGCUCAGGCCCUCAACGCCCCGAACAGCUCCAGCAGCAGUUCAGGCAGCUCUGCAGUCUCUGGGUCUGUCGCAGCCAUCGCCCAGCAGUCUACUGCUGCGGCAACCCCACACAACCUCCUCCCUCCUGUUAACCUCCUCAGUAUACCCUUCUGCCGGUCCGUCAAAGUACAACCCCCCAAAAGCGGCCAUCAGUUGCGGAAGUUCGCCAAGGUGUGCAGCGAUGAGCCUGCUGGCCCCUUCAUAUUCUCGCCCUUCUCAUCUCUCACGAACGCCGUGGCCAAACCGGCCAAUACUUUCGUGGACUAUACGAUUCGAAUCUAA